CCUAGCCGAGAGUUUGUGGAGUAGCGACCGAGCAGACCGAGCGAGAGGUGGAAUUUCGGCGGGGAGCGUCGCAGCCAUGGAAGCGGGUUGGCAUCAGGAUGCAUUUCACUUUUCAGAACAGGAGUUGGUUCAUUCUACAAACCAGAUUUGAUUGGAGAUCAACCAGCAAUUGAUUUGGAAUUUCAAAUCACAGACACUCUGUAAGUGGUUGGGCAGCAGGCUGUGAUGGAGCUGUAGUGGAUAAAGUUUGCCUGCCAUGCACCCCACAGGGAGUGUAGAUGCCAGCUUUUCCCGUUCAGCUGUGCAAACUCUGUCUCGUAGUCACUGUCGGAACAUAAAACAGAAGAUCUCUCAAUGGGAGGGUCGGACAAAAGGUAAUUGCCAGGAGCAAAGGCAAAAACCCAAAGACUUUGGGGUCAAGUAUGGCCAUGACUGCAAGGAUCAGCCAGUUGGUCUUGAGCAUGGCAGGAAGGUAGAAGGUUUACUAAAUGUUAAGAGUCUUGGCUUAGAUUUCCGGGAAAACUCUCAUCUUUGCUCUGUGACUGAGGAGGAGGAGGAGAGACUCCAAGAGGGUGAUGUUUCAGACAGCCUUGUGGCUAAGCCACUCUCCAAUGGUGUGAUAAGUGAAGAAGAGGACAAUGAGGACUGGGAAGGUGAGAGGCUACCCCCCGGGAACUUCUACACCUCCCGGGACUUGUGGAAAGAGAUAGAAGCCCUUACCCCUGGCAAAGGAGCACUGGACUUGAAAAGGAAAAGGGAAAGUUGUGGCUCAACAGAGAAAGAGCUGAAUGGUGUGCCAACAAAGAGCUUGGAGAAUAUAUACUGUGACGCUGAAGGCCAGGAGGGGCAGUCACCAGCCAUUAACCCAGUACCCAAACCACGAAGGACUUUCCGUUACCAUGCAGACUGCCCUAAUGGAAGCCAUGUUGAACAGAAGCCACCUGAACACCAGUGUAAUGGUGGCUGCCCCGCAACAACCUCCCAUAACCCUGAACAGAAAGUGGCCAGCAGAGGCCUCCGGGCCAGAUCCAAAAGAAAGUCCUUUGAAUUUGAAGACAUUCAAGGCUACCGAAACAGGAUAGCUGCCAUGGAGUACCAAAAACUCCACGAAGAAUUGAAUGGCACCACAGGGGUCCACCUGUAUUGCACACAGUCAGAGGACAACCUCUAUGAGGACAUUAUUGAUCCUGCUAAGGAGAAUCUAUAUGAAGAUAUUAAAGUGAAGCCACUGUGGAGGAUCCCAUCUGCUUGGAAGCUGCCUCCCUCCCGAAACACCUACAAGCCACCCAAACUUCCCCCCAAACCACAUUUCCUUCAUCGCAAAACCCUGGAGCUAAAGAGCGCUCGGAUUUGCUUGCGUGGGAAGCUGGCGAAAGACACAACUUUACCUGUUACACUGACCGAAUGGAAGUUCUUUAAAGCAGGCGAGGCUGGCAGCAGGAAGAGGAAAAAUCUUCCACGGCUUGUGUUGAAGAUACAGGAGAUCUUUGAUUCCAAACGAGGAAAGAAGAAAGUGAAGUUGGUGGCUCAUGCAGGAAAAGAAACAUCUCCAGCAAGAGGUGAAACCAAUGGGUAUGACAGUGAACCAGAGAAUCUGCCGAAAAGUCGUCAUAAGCGCCUGCUACAAGUGCAGGCUCAGUCCAAGAGGAACCCACAUUACCAGACGCUGGAGCGAGACCUCAUAGAAUUCCAGGAGCAGCAGCUUUUUGAGCUCUUCGUUGUGGUGUCACUGCAGAAGAAGCCAUCAGAAGCAACGUACACCCCACAGAUUAUACAGCAGUUUCCCAGCAAGCCGGACCACCCCUUUCGCCAGCCUAAGGAUGCUGAAGAGAGGCUGAAGGUCAUCCCCAAAUUCUGUUUCCCUGACCCCAAGGACUGGUGUCCAACAUCAGAGUCAAAGAGUGAAACCUUUUCCUUUGUGCUGACGGGAGAAGAUGGCAGCCGCUGGUUUGGAUAUUGUAAGAAGUUUUUGCCUGAAGGAAAAGGCAAACGGCUACCUGAGGUGUACUGCAUGGUGAGCCGCCUAGGAUGCUUCAACCUUUUCUCUAAGAUCUUGGAUGAAGUAGAGAAACGGCGUGAGAUGUCCCCAGCCCUGGUACACCCGUUCAUGCGCAGUGUCAUGGAGGCACCAUUUCCUGCACCUGGGCGCACUAUCACUGUGAAGAGCUUCCUACCAGGGGCAGGAAAUGAGGUGAUUGAACUUUGCCGUCCACUGGACUCCCGGCUGGAGCAUGUUGACUUUGAAUGUCUGUUUAAAUGCCUGAGUGUCUCUCACUUGAUCCAAGUCUGUGCUUCUCUCCUGCUGGAAAGGAGGGUGAUCUUUGUUGCUGACAAUCUAAGCAUCUUGUCUAAAUGUGGCCAUGCUGUGGUUGCAACACUGUACCCGUUUACCUGGCAACACACCUAUAUCCCAGUCCUGCCCGAUUCCAUGAUAGACAUUGUCUGCUCUCCCACCCCCUUCCUGAUUGGCAUCCUUUCCUGCUCCUUAACACAACUCCAGGACCUGCCUAUAGAAGAGGUACUGAUUGUUGAUCUCUGUGCUGAUGAAUUUUUGCAGCAGGUUUCAGAUGAGAAUGAGAUUCUACCUCACAAACUCCAGGCUGCCCUUGUACAGAUAUUGGAGGAAAGAAAUGAAAUCUUAUCUCAGGAGCGGAAUUACACACAAGGUGAUGUGACUCUGGCCUCCUUAGUGUCAGAAGCUUUUGUUCGUUUCUUCGUGGAGAUUGUGGGCCAUUACUCCUUGCACAUGCACAUCACAGAGAAAGGGGAACGAGUAUUCCAGCGGGAGCCUUUCCGUAAAUCACACACCUCUCGCAAUGUCCGCCAUUUUCUAGACAUCUUCAUGGAGACACAAAUGUUUGCUGGCUUCAUACAGGAUCGAGAGCUUCGUAAGAGUGGGGUUAAAGGUUUGUUUGAAGUCCGGGCCUUGGAAUAUUUGGAGACCAUUCCAGAGUCUGAACCAAGUGGGAUGAACAAAAUCCUUCGCAGUCUGGGUAGUAAAAUGAAGUUUCUACAAAAGAAGUGAGAAGUUGCAGAAUUGCUGCUAAAAGUUGCUCUAAGUUCUCGGUUGGUCAUAACGAGGUGUCACUCCAUUGCCUGUUGCUGUAGGACAGAUGGGAUCACUGGAACUUGACUCAGAUGAGCUUCAAGAAACUGGAAGAAACUGAAACAAAUCUCAGUGGAAUUCUUGAUCUUUACUCUGCCCGGUCCAAUGGAAGUAUUGCUAAGAGAGAAUGGGCUUCUCUCAUCUGUGAAGGGGAAACUGAGACAACUGUGUGAGGUAUCCCUGUUUAUGCUGCUUGGCCGGUUCAUAAAAGACGUUGGCCUAAAGCAAUUCAAAGGCUAAAUUGAUACCUUUUAAAAGGAUGCAUGAUCCAGGAAAGAGAAACGAAUCCAGGAAGUGGUCUGUGCCAGUACUGCACUACGGAUGCUUUCUCUGCACAAGGAAGCUCUUUUUAAAACUGUAAUGGAAAAUCCUUUUAAUCUAUCCUCAUCUGUCAAACCAGCCUGUCAGAUUCUCUAGUAUCAGCCUGGAUUCAUCCAUGUUCUCAUGCUCAUUGUUGAUUUUAUAUAUUGCAAAGCUUUAUAUUUUUAAGCUGUUGUAAGCAAAAUGAGAACUUCUGCUUCUUGUUUGCUAUUUUGGUUUUAUAUCAAAGGCGUCAGGCUUUCUUUGAUGAUGUAAAAUACAUGGUUUUAGCCUUUUUACAAGUUCAUCUCUACUAUAGAGGGUGAGGGUGGGGAGAUAUGCCUCAUGUAAGAAUGGCACACAUGCUAAGAAAAUACCAUUUGAUCCCAGUUGGGAGCAUAGAGAUACUUUUUCUAUCUCACGUGGUAGAAUUAAAAUGAACUCCUUUUGAUUUGGUAUGGAGCUAGCUCAAAAGGUAAGAGAGUUUCUUACAAACUAUAUUUUCCCAUGAGUGUGGAGUCAAAUAGAAAUGGGUUCAUCUUUGAAUGCAUAAUUCUCCUUUGCUGCUGUUGAACAUCAUCACAAAUGUUAUCUUUCAUUCCUUAAACCUGGGUCUGUUGUGGUCUGCUUUUAGAAAUAUUGAUUCCUUUUGUAUCCAGUACUAGAGGGAAGAGACCUUUGCAGUGUGCUGUAUAGUCCUUUCCCUCAUGGGUUUGCACACCUUACACAAUAACUGCCAAGAUGUAUAGUGACCAAUAUCUGUGUCACCUUUAACCAAAUACAACAAACAAUGAAAUUUAUUCAUUGGAUUACAUCAGCUACUCUUGCCUUGACUGUAGUCAAAGACCACUUUUUAAUGGAGCUUUAUUGUAUGUAUAAAAAUGGGCUCAUGUUUAAUACUUAGGUCUGUGCAGCCUUGGAGUGAACAGUGGCACAGACAAAGAGACAUUUCUUUUGAAACAUUUAAGUCUUGGAAGCUGGUGAAGUGGGUUGAGCAGUCUCUGCCACAUAGCCAAAUUAACCUCUGGGUUUGGAUGAAAUAUUGGACUUGGGUUCUGCAUGGGUUGAUGGGCCCACACAAGAGCCUGAAUAUUUCCUUCCUCACAAAGUACCAGACCAAGAAGAGGAAAAAAAAAUCUGUGGAACAACACUGAAGAACAUGUUAACAUUUUAUUUCAGAAUUUGCACUCUAACUUGAGGGUUCUGCAUUUGCUUUGUACUGCCAGAUAUUUUAAGUUUUCAUUCACUGAUUCUCCACUGAUGGAGUGUCAGGAAGCCUGGAGAAUAUCUGUUUGCCAGAUCCAGAUUUCCAAAGCCCCUUUCUAUGCAUGCUUACUCAGAAUUAAACCUCACUGAAUUCAGUAGUAUUUACCUAAUAGAAAGUGUAUUUAGGUUUUCAGCUUUAGGCAGCAAUCUUGAGUAUACUCUUCUUGAGGAAAAAGUGCCUUUGAACUCUAUACUACUUACUUCUGAAAAAAUAUAUUAGGAUCCAGUUGCAAGGCUGUGGUUCUUUGUACUGUUGCAGCCCAAACCUAUGCUUGCUUGAACAGAACUAAGUCCCAUUGUGUUCAUGGGUGCUUACUCUCAGUUAAAUGUGCAUAGAAUUUCAGCCUUAAAUGGAAAGGUCAGUUGGAGUUACGGGGAUUUAUUUCUGAAUAAACAUGCAAAGGAUCAUGUGGUGACAAAUGGGUUCAAAACACAAGUAAAGGAAAUAAUUUUUCUUUGGUUCCCUUUGAGGAAUAUUUGAGAACCAUGGACUGACUCAGUUUGCUGUUGCAGUUCUGUUGUGAAUGUUAUACUCUGUAGCAUAUUGCUGAACUAGAGGUUUGAUAAGAGGAAGCAGAGAGUGACAUUCAUUUCUAAUAUGUCUCAGCACUUAAAAAUGAUUGCACUUGGUUGGAAGAGCAGGAAGAAGCUGCUUAAAGCUCCUGCAGUUCCAUUCUCAUCCACUUGUGGGACAUAGUCUGGUUAAUGUAAUCCUGUAGGAUGUAUCACCCUCCUUUAUAAUUUCAACCACACCACUGCAUGCUUGUAUAAGGGAAAUAGGCUCCCUUCCUUCAUCUCCAUGGAAACAGAACCUGCCAUUGCUGGUCUCUCUUCAGUGUGGUGCUUCCAUGUUUUGCAGCCUAUGUUGCUCAUUCUGGACAAAGCCAUAUUCUGUGAUGUAUAAAUAAAACCAAAACUGUGUGUACAGUAACACAGCUGUAAUAAACCAAGUUCCUUUGGGAACAUGGUUCAAAUAAAGUGUUGUUUUUUUUGUACUGAGUUGUAUGUAUGUAUAUAUA